AAAACAAAACACUACGACGUCAUCCAGCUAGGGGACAGAGCUGCGCUAGCGGUGCUGCUGUGACACAAGUUCUUACGACUUUUUCGCCCACAAAUUGUUUCCACAAUGUCCCGAGCUCCUGUUCGGAGGGCACAUUUUGGCAGCUCGCAGGAGAGGAAACUUUUUCCCCUCCAUUAUGCACCGGACCGCCUGGGAAGCCAAAUGUCACGAGAGCUCGCGCCGCACAUCGGCCCCGGCUGCUAUGACAACCACGAGUUCGGGACCAUCGUGUACGACCUACAGAGGACACCGGGAAGUAAGAAAGGAUACAGCCUCGCUUCCAGGACCGCUGCACGCUUCCCCCCCUGCGGUGCGAUGACAGGGACGCCCUCCCCACAGCAGUACCAGCGGGAUCAAAGCCGGUCCCUGGUGCCUCCGCCGGGCAAAACACCUUUUAACUCGACUGCGCAGAGGUUCUACUCUGCGUCACGUGCAGUCGAGGACAGUCCAGGGCCCGGGACCUACGCUCACGCGGUGGCGACUAACAGGAAGGUCAGCUGGCCGAUGUGCUUCGGUAGGCCAGACUGGUCCAGGCUGCCUCAGAUGGAGAAGAGGUUCCUCAGGAAGCUAAACGGCGAACAGGAGUUCGUGAACCACAGAAGCAAAGUGGCCUACAUGAGCUUGUACUAUUAACUAAGCUGAUGGGUGUGAAUACAUUGUGAAAGUGA